UGGGUCACUGGGUGGUAGGUAUCCGAGAACUGGGCUACAAUUUCAGGCUUUAGGACCUGGAGGGGUAUUCUUCAUCCACCACUAAAUACCAUGGGCGGGACUGGCUUGGAAAUAAGAUUCCAGUGCAGAGAUUUUCAAGCUCUUACAUUCGGGCAUGACAACUCCUGCAACUCAUACAAUUCUGUUUGCGACUUUUUAAAUGCGAUAACCUCACACAGAGCACAUCAGCACUGGAGGAUCUAUUUGCAAGCAACUUGAGGACAUCCUGUUGAUUUUGGAAAGAGCCUAAUAAGGUUUUCACUGAUUAGAAUUACACCAUGUGGGUAACAAACUGGGUAGCCCUGGUCCUCCUGGCCACAUCAGCCUCAGCUGCCACAUCAGCUUCAGCAGACAAAGUCUUGAGUAACCACGCCACAAUCUUGGCUGAUAACAGCGCACAAUUGGCUUUCAGUCUCUAUCAAAACAUGGCUAAGGAGAAAAAUGUAGAGAACAUCCUCAUUUCCCCUGUAGUAGUGGCCUCCUCUCUGGGUCUGGUGGCCCUCGGGGGCAAAGCCUCCACUGCCUCUCAGGUAAAAACCCUCCUGAAUGCAGCUAAAGUUAAAGACGAGCAGCUGCACUCUGGUUUGGCAGAGCUUCUGACGGAGGUGAGCGACCCAAAGACCCGCAAUGUCACCUGGAAGAUAAACAAUCGACUGUAUGGACCCAGCUCCGUCACCUUUGUGGAUGAUUUCGUCAAGAGCAGCAAAAAGCACUACAACUGUGACCACUCCAAGAUAAACUUCAGAGAUAAGAAGAGUGCUGUGAAGUCCAUCAACGAGUGGGCGGCCAAGUCUACUGAUGGCAAGCUGCCUGAGGUCACCAAGGAUGUAGAAAAGACAGAUGGAGCAAUGAUCAUCAACGCUAUGUUCUUCAAACCUCACUGGAACGAGCAGUUCCAUCAUAAGAUGGUGGACAACCGUGGAUUCAUGGUAUCCCGUGGCUUCACUGUGUCAGUAGCGAUGAUGCACCGCACAGGUAUCUGUGGUUUCUUUGAUGACCAAACCAAUAAGCUGAGCAUCCUGAGCAUGCCUCUGGCUCAUAAGAAGUCCACUGUGGUGUUCAUCAUGCCCCACCAUGUGGAAAGUCUGGAGAGGCUGGAGAAGUUGCUGACCAAGAAGCAGCUGGAUACAUGGAUGGGCAAGCUGCAGCAGACUGCUGUAGCUGUGUCUCUGCCCAAAGUCAGCAUGGAAGUCAGUCAUGACCUGCAGAAACACCUCGGAGAGUUGGGCCUGACCGAGGCUGUGGACAAAUCCAAAGCUGACUUGUCCAACAUAUCUGGAAAGAAGGACCUCUACCUGUCCAGUGUGUUCCACGCCUCUGCCAUUGAAUGGGACACUGCUGGAAAUGAAAUUGACACCAGCAUCUUUGGCACAGACAAGCUGAAAAACCCUAAACUGUUCUACGCCGACCAUCCUUUCAUCUUCCUAGUGAAGGACCAGAAGACAAACUCCAUCCUGUUUAUCGGCAGGAUGGUCAGGCCAAAGGGCGACAAGAUGAGAGAUGAAUUGUAACCAUGUGUUGACCUUAAGUUAAAUGCCUGACUGUGUGUGUGAGUGUAUAUUUUCUCCUGCAAUAUGCUGAGAAAAGUAGGAAAUGAAAUGUACAUUUGAUGUCGCACAAGUGCAUUCCUUUAACGCCAUAUGCCAACAGCAUUCCACGAUUCACAACUGAAGAGAUGUGUUUAAACAUUUUGUCCUGUGUUUUAGUGAGCAAAGCAUCGUGCACACCCUUCAUUUUUAUCCUGAAGACUACUUGAUAUCACUAUGUGGCUUUUUUAAAAAUGUAUUGGCAGAUCAAAUUACGGACUGAAGACUUACAUUAAGUAUGAUUUCCCUGGUUAAUGCCUAAAAUGUAAAUGCACAAUUUAAUCGAGGUGGAGAACACCUGUGUUUUUUUCUGUGGUCAAGUCUUAACAAUCUUUGUAAAAGGUUCUCAACGAUUUUGUGUUCGGAGAGAUUUUAUGGUGCUUGUUUUUUAGUUUAACAAAAUAUGUUUUAGUUUGUCAAACAUGGCUACCUUUAAUUUGUUAAAUCCAGGGAUCUUCAUGCUUUUCUUUCCAUCCUUUGCACUGCUUUCCAUCACAAGCACAUUGCUGUUUUUUCUACCCUGAAUGCACUGGUCUACACUGGCAAACAAACCAAAUUAUGGCUGAUUUGAUAACAUCUAUCUCUAUAACAAUGUGCGUGCACAUGGUUUGACAGUUUAUCUGAAAUCCAAAUUGUUUUAGACGGUUACAAAUUUGCAAUAAAAGUGUGAAAGAAAACCACCUUAUUUUAGA